CCGGUGCAGGGCGGGCCGGUCCACAAUCGGGGGCGCCCGCGGCUAGCCGGGCCGGCAGCUGAUCGAACGGACCCGGGUCAUGGUGUGAGUGUCCGGGGUCCGGGGAGGGUUCUGGGGCCGGAGAAGGGCGACGUUGUGUGGUUCUGGGGGCCGAGGACCAGAGACCGGGAGAAAUCUCCCUUCCUGGGCAUGGAUGGACCGGACUGACCCCCUUCCUUCCCCAGCAGUGGGGAGCUGAGUGCCUCACUUUCCUCCCGAUGCUACUUCUCAUGCUAUUAACUCCUUGUGACUGAAGGCGGUGGAUCUCUGCCGUUCUGACACCAGCCUUCCGCGUGUCCCUCUUGAGAGUCUAUGGGGAGAGCUGGUUCCUCCUAUUGGAGAAACAGAUCAUUGGAUCCUCAAGCUAAAGGGACGUCAGCGCCUAGAUGAAGGAGCCUGGCUUAAGAAUGAAGACCGAGCAGAAGUCUCCUGGGGCGUAGUGUAUUCCUCCUAGAAAGACACCCAGACUUAAGCCUGACACCAGAGUUUCAGGGAAGAGCCCGCACAAUCGAUGCUGACACUGAGGGAAUUGGUAGGAUUCGUGAUAAUCAUGUAAGAGAAAGGUCAGGAUCUGGAUGAAGUCACAAGAUACACAGAGAAAAUGGAACAGUGGAUGUCCAUGGAGCAUUUGACUCAAAUUCUUGAGGGAAAAGCUCCAUCUUCUCAGGACCCUGGCUUUUCUCAAGAGGGAAGCCCAGAAGAAGAACAAAUGACAAUUCUUUUUCUAAAAGCCAGGUCGCAGGAAUCAGUGGCCUUCAAGGAUGUAGCUGUGGACUUCACCCAAGAGGAGUGGGGGCAACUGGAUCCUGAUCAGAGGGAUCUGUACAGGGAUGUGAUGCUGGAGAACUAUGGGAACCUGGUCUCGCUAGGGUUUCCAGUUUCUAAGCCAUAUGUGAUCUCCCAGCUGGAACAAGGAGAAGAACCCUGGGUGGUAGAAAGAGAAGUCUCAAGAGGCAUCUGUCUAGACUUGGAGACCAGGACUGAAAUCAAGGAAUCCACAAAGCAGAAUAUUUCUGAAGGAUUAUCUCAGGAAGUGGUAAUAAAAAGAUUCACAAAGGAUAGCCUUUGGAAUUCUAAGUCAGGUGAUGCCUGGGAACAUGAAACUUGGCUACAGGGGCAGCAGAAAAGCCAGGAAACACAUUUAAGGGAAGUAGUGAUCAACCACAAGCAAUCAGCAAUCUGGGGAAAAGACCAUGGGUGUAAUGACCUUGGAAAAAAUUUUAAUUUAAGUUCCAUCCUUGUUGCAAAACAAAAAGUUCCUAUGGGAGAGAAAUCCUAUAAAUAUGAUGCAAAUGGAAAUAACUUCCGACAAAAUCCACUAACAGUUGGCCAUCAGAAAAUUGAUUUGCGGAACAAGCCUUGUAAAUGUAAUGAAUGCGGAAAAGCCUUCCGUUAUCACUCAGAACUUACUCGACACAGGAGAACUCAUACUGGAGAGAAGCCCUAUGAAUGUAAUGAGUGUGGCAGAGGCUUCAGUCAGAGCUCAUCUCUUACUCUACAUCUGAGAUUUCACACUGGAGAGAAACCCCAUAAAUGUAAAGAAUGUGGGAAAGCAUUCAGGCACACCUCAUCCCUGGUCAAACAUCAGAGAAGUCAUACUGGGGAGAAACCUUAUGAAUGCAAUGAAUGUGGGAAGGCCUUCAGCCGGAGUACACACCUUACUGAACAUCAGAGAAUUCAUACUGGAGAGAAACCUUAUAAAUGUAAUGAAUGUGGGAAAACCUUCAGCCGGAGUACACACCUUACUGAACACCAGACAAUUCAUACUAGAGAGAAACCCUAUAAAUGUAAUGAAUGUGGGCAGGCCUUCAGUCACACCUCCUCCCUUGUUAAACAUCAGAGAAUUCAUACUGGGGAGAAACCCUAUGAAUGUAAUGAAUGUGGGAAAGCCUUUAGUCGACGAACACACCUUACUCAACAUCAGACAAUUCAUACUGGGGAGAAACCCUAUGAAUGUAACGAAUGUGGAAAAGCCUUCAGUCACAUAUUGUUUCUUACAAAACAUCGGAAAAUUCAUACUGAAGAGAAACCCUAUGAAUGUGAUGAAUGUGGGAAAGCCUUCAGUCAUACUUCAUCCCUUAUUAAGCAUCAGAGAACUCACACUGGAGAGAAACCCUAUAAAUGUAAUGAAUGUGGGAAAGCCUUCAGCCACACUUCAUCCCUUAAUAAACAUCAGAGAACUCAUACUGGAGAAAAACCCUAUGAAUGUAAUGAAUGUGGAAAGGCCUUCAGUCAAAGCUCAUCUCUUGCACUACACCAGAGUUGUCAUACUGGAGAGAGACCCUAUACAUGCAGUGAAUGUGGGAAAGCCUUCAGUCACACCGCAUCCCUUAUUAAGCAUCAAAGAACUCAUACUGGAGAAAAACCCUAUGAAUGUAAUCAGUGUGGGAAAGCCUUCAGCCAGAGCUCAUCCCUUAUUAAACACCAGAGAACUCAUACUGGGGAAAAACCCUAUGGAUGUAAUGAAUGUGGAAAGGCCUUCAGCCAGAGCUCAUCCCUAUUUAAACAUCAGAGAACUCAUAGAAUCAUAAAAUAUUAGUGUCAGAAGACACCUUCUUGUGUGUGUAGUUAACCCCUUUCUUCAAGGUCACCCAGCUUAUCAAUGGCAGAGCUAGGCCUAAAAGCUAAGUUUCCUGACUCACACUUCUUUGCUCCUUCCAUUGUCCCACAUUACCUCUACCUUAUAUUGUAUAGAAAUGUCAUGAAUUAAAAUAUAUGGUAAUAACAACUCACAGUUAUAUAACAUUUAAGGUUUGAAGAUUGUUUUCUUAACAGCCCUGUAAGGUAGGUAGUGAAGUAUUAUCCCCAUUUUAAAGAUGAAAAAGCUGAGGCUCAGAGAGGCUAAGUGAUUUAUCCAAGGUCACAUAGCUAGUUCAGUAUUAGAACCAAGAUUUGAAUCUUAGUCCCCUAUAUCCAAGUCCAGUGAACUUUCCAUAACCCUGUGCUACUCACAUGUAUGGGAAACAAUCUUCAGUGUGCUGGUCCCUUGUCAUGGUUGAGACUAAGGUACGUUAGAGGAAAGGAAAUGGAUCAGAAGAUACUGCCAAGAAUGCAGGGUUUGCUGAUCUUGUGACACAGUCUCAUCAGAGCCAUCUCCCCUUGAUGUUCUGUGUCCAAGACUUCUGGCAGGUCGACAACAUGUCUUGGCACAUCAGACUUGCUAGAGGAACAAUCACAGCAUAAGGAAAACCCAUAAGCACAAAGAACAACAUCUAAGAGCACUCCACAUGCAUUUAUUGUGAUUAAGCAAGAUCCCAUCCACCUGCCUCCUGUCCUUUCCCUCCCAACACCAUCAGCCCUGCACAGGUGGUAUGGACCAACCUUCAAACAUGAAGUAACAGUCAGUUCUCCCUCCUUUUGUGUGCUGGCUGCAGAUGUUGUCAGCAUGCCAGAAGACUACUCAGUGCACACUUGAGCACAGUUCCUGCUUUUCACAGACUAACCCCAAGCCCUUCCUUGCUAGGCAACAUUGAGUCACUUGGGUCCUUACUACAUAUCGGGGAAUUCGGGGCGGGGGGGGGGGGCAUUAUUAACAGUGGCUAUAGGACAGCCUCAAGUAUAAUUUACCCUCAUAUAUCAGAGACAUCCCACUGGAUAGUAGACAUGAAAAUGUAAUGGCAGUGAGGAAAGUGUCUCUUGUGCUUAGUUAUUCCUCUGCUCAAAUACCUUCAGUGGUCCCCCCAUGGCCUUCAAAGAUAAAAUCUACACUCAUUGACUUGGCAGUCCAAAAGUUACCAUAAUCUUGCUACAGUUUACUCAUGACUUUAGCCCAACUGGUUUGCUCAUUUUCGCUGAUCCACCUUUCACUUUGCUGCCUCAGCUCUUUUACUCAUAGAGUUCCAAUGCUGUGGAAUGCUCUCUCCAUCAAUUCUCUGCCCAUCCAACAAAAACCAGCUCCAAUCCCACCUCUCCAAAAGACUUUCUCAAUCUCCCCCUCUCACAUUGAGUGACUUUCCCCUACUCUGAACUCCUCUAAGAAUUAUUGUCUGUAUGAUUCAUUUGGUAAUUAAUCUUGUACUUCUUGUGGUGUCUCUUGUUGACUUGAACUGUUAUUUAAAUACAUAAAUGUUAUUUAAUUUUCCACACAUGAAGCUCUUUGAGAGUUGGGACUAUCUUAUAUGUCUUCGUAGCCCACAUAGCACUUAGCACAGUGCCUUGCACAUUAUGGGUGCUCAAUACAACUUGAUUUAUUUGGCAUCUGAACUUUAUGAAAAUAAAAUAACUUGUUUUGCAUCCAUUUUCUUAUGCUGCUUAAAAAUGAUGAAAUUUUCUAGUGGAUUUUUUUUCUGUCUGAUCAUACUUGAGAGACUAUGGA